CCCAAUGUUUUGUUUCUGUUCCGGAUAGCUUACGUUGAGACUUUUCUACUUGCUACAGCGUGUGUAAAAACACAACUUUGGUGGAAAAUUGACUCGAUACGAAUUUAUGUUUUAUUCUUCUUUCUCGUGUACCUGUUAGCUUUACAUCCAACCGUCUCCUCGUUGACUUUUAACUCACUACAAGGUGUAAAUAACAAUAAUAAAGCGUGUGUAGCAUGGCGGCGGCCGUGGACAGCUUUCACCUUUUGUAUAGAGAAAUUUCUCGGUCUUGCAGCUCUCACUUCGAGGCUCUGGCCCUGAUCGGAGCUCUGUACGCGGCCAGCAGAGCAGUUGUCCUGUUGAGGGACUGCUGCACGGUGGCUAGGGUCCAUUUCCUGCCGCGGAUGAUGCCCAGCGGGAGGCUGACCCAGAGAUACGGGGACUGGGCUGUUAUUUAUGGUGCAGCUGAGCCUGUAGCCGGUGCUUAUGCAGAGGAGCUGGCUCGAAGCAGCAUCAGCAUCAUCUUCAUCACGCAGGACGGCUCCUCUGUAAGAAACGCCGCUUCCUUCCUCUCCCAAACCUACGGGGUGGAGACCGCCGUCGUCACCGCCGACUUCUCUCUGGGCCAAGCGGCGGCCAAACCUGUCACAGAGGCCUUGCGGGGUAAAGACAUCGGCUUCCUGGUGAACUGUAUGGACGAAACGUCGGCUUCGCCCCGGAGCCUGAUUGAAAUUCCCGAGCAGGGCGUGUUGGAUCGGGUGAACAGGAACGUCGGCGCCGCCACUCUGAUGGCGCGACUGGUGCUGCCGGGGAUGGUGGAGCGCAGCAGGGGGGCGGUGGUCAACAUAUCCUCAGGCGCCUGCUGCAGACCACGACAUGGAAGAGUGAUGCUCUCCGCCUUCACUGGAUACCUGGAUCAUUUCUCAAGAGCUCUUCACUUUGAGUACAGCGACAAAGGGAUCUUCAUUCAAAGUCUGAUUCCUUUCCAGAUAUCUUCAUCAUCCUCAGCAGAGGGAUGGUUUGUUCCGAGCCCGGAGGUUUACGCUCGUCAUGCCGUUUCCACGCUGGGCGUCUCCAACAGAACCACGGGUUACUGGCCUCAUACACUCCAGUACGGACUCAUGAAGUGCAUUCCUGAGUGGAUCUGGAUCCUCGGGUCGCGGGUUUUACUCAGCUAAGAGCUGAAAAGCCUCUUACUGGAUCAUGUUACACAAGAAUUUAGUUUCAGUUUCUUUUGACCUUAUUUAUUGAUAUUGUCCUGAAAUAAACAGAUAAAACUUAUUAAUUUAAAGCAAUAAGUAGGGAUAACAGAUGAUAGUGUUCAUAAGAAUUCAAGAUAAUUAAAAGACGGAGCCAACAGCACUACGGCAGCCCUGUGUGACCAAAACAUACCAGUACUGAGUUUAUGAGGAGAACAAGUGUUUACUUUUUGAUUUGCUUUCUGCGUUAUUUCAACAGAUUAAAUAAAUUUUGAAGUGCUGCAGAGCGACGCUUCGUGUGUUUCCUGCUUCCAUUGACUCAGAUCAAACCAGGAUUUGGUUCAUGAGGAAAAAAUGUAAAAAUCCAGGAUUGAACCAGCAGAGAUCAGAAAAAUGGGCGGCCAUUUUAAAUAAAAAAUAAUUACAGAGUGGAUUAGAGUAGAUACUACUGCAGGGAGGUAUGGAGGAUGGAUGUUUACAGUAUUUAUACAAUAGAACAUGGCUUAAAGUCUGUAAAUAUAAAUAUUUUAAUAUUUUCUUUUAUCUAUCCAGACAUUAAAUUCCUAAUUUUCCCAGUCUGCUUCGUUAUUCUGUCAAAUUCAUCCUGCAGAAACAGAUAGAGACAAUAUUAAAAUUAUAAAACGAAGCUGCAAACACAAAGCAAUAAUAAUUAUUAUUAUUUGUGAUAUAUCACUGGGUAAAGCCACUUAAUGUCGCUCCUUCAUGAAAACAUUUCAUAAUUAAAGCUGAUCCUCCUGCAGAAUGCUGUCAGUAAUAUAAACGCCCCACGCUCUGUUAUUGUGUCUUUAGCUUAUCUGUCCAGUGAACAUAGAGGCCAGAGAGAGUGCUGCUUCUUUUUCAGUUCUGCAUUGAGCUUCAAGUAACUCCUGAAGGAACAUUAAAAUGAGUUUCUACAUUUAAUAUUUGGAGGUUUUGAUUUUCAGCUGGUGUGAUUGAAUUUGACCAAUAAAUCUUUUUCCAUUCAAACAUCAAA